AGUCGCGCAAACCGAACGUGUACCGAAAUUCGAAUCAGAGCAUUGAUGUAAAAGUUUGUGCGAACCUAAUUUGUGCUGUGCGUGCCCAAAGUUGGAAUCCUCAUAGGCGUACUGCGAAAGCUUAGAAGCAUGGAGACCCUCAUUCAAUAUUUACUUUUAACUCUCGCACUGACCUCAGUUCAAAUAUCCUACACUGAGAGUCGUCUAAAUGAAAAACGCCGAGAUAAAACUGAAAGGAGAUACCACGCCGUUGAGGCUAAAGACAACAUGUGUGAAAUAGCAAACAGAGACUCCAAAGUCCACUGUUACUGUGAGAACACAGAAAUAAAAACAGCAACACGCGCUGACUGUUGGGUGUUCAAUGGUGGCAUUGACGAAACUGAUCCUAUCUGGACCAGUUUUAACUCGCAACCCUUCCUGGAAAAGCUUACAUUCAAUAUACGCUCGGAUGGCGCUCUUAAAUUCGUCCCACUCAACGUAAUUCAUAAGUUAAAGCGAUUGCAAAAAUUGCAAAUACACUAUGCGACGCUAAACAAAAUCGAGAAAAAGACGUUUACGAACAUGUCGACAGUAAGAGAAAUAACGUUAAUGAACAACAAAAUAAUGGAGCUGGACUUCUCCGCGUUCGCAAACCUCCCGUCGCUCGUAAACUUGACUAUAAAAGGAAAUAAAGUGACCGAGAUCCAGAGGGAUGUUUUCGUCGAUUUACCGAGUCUCAGAUAUCUCGAUUUAUCGUUUAACAGUAUUAAUCUAGCUCACGAUGGAUGUUUCGAACAUCUGAACCUACUCACCGAUCUCGUAUUGGAAGCUAAUUUAAUUUCGGUUUUAACUAGAGACACUUUUAGAGGUCUCGGUAAUUUGACGAGAUUGGAUUUGAGAUCAAACAAGUUAUCAAUGAUAGGAGACUUGACGUUUAUUGAAUUGUGGAACUUGAAUGAGCUCCUUUUAGACAAUAAUGAGUUGAAAUAUUUAUCGGAAAGAGCCUUUGAUGGUUUGACGAUGCUUCAAAAAUUGUCUAUGACUGGCAACAAAUUACAGACCAUUAACGAAGUGCUUUUGGAGGGCGUCAGAGGACUCGAAUUGCUGGAUUUAAGAAAUAAUGAAAUUAAACAGUUUUCCUAUGAAACGAUAAAACCGAUUUUAGAAAACUUAAAACUGAAAACUUCUGUUUUAUAUUUAAGUGGUAACAAAUUAAGAUGUGAUUGUCGGUUAUCCUGGAUUCAAGUAUUGCGUAAUGAAACGAAAAGUGAACCCCUCAGACAGGCGCUCGACGAAGUCACUUGUAUACCAAAUAUUCCGGAUAAUGCCGAUAAUGGGAUGAAUACGAAUGACAAACUUCAGACUGAUGUGUUUGAUGCUGAUUCCGAGGGUGAUUCACUACAACAGGAUGAAAAUGACGACGAAACCUAUGAUGCUAAAAAUGAAGAUGAUAAAUCAGAAAAUCAAGUAGUUCUCGUGGACAUGCCAUCUGAGACACUCCCGUGUCCAGGACAGUUGGGUCACAAUGGUGAAGAUUCAUUGAUGCUGUCUUCAAACGAUGAAAGUUAUUGGCAGCAAAGUUCCAGUGUAAAAGUCCUAUCGAACUGCUUCUUAUUGAUUCUAACAAUAAUACUGCAUUAAGUGCUAAAAGUAAUUUAUUUCGUUUGAUAAUUUUUGUAAGGAAAAAAGACUGGUUAAGAAUAUUUAAUUAAAUUAUUCUGUAGGAAGUAGUCUGUUGGUGACAGCGAAUUUUGUCUUUAGAAUUUAGAAGGAUGUUUUUCGGAUAUAUUUAAAUCUUGUUGCUCAGUAAAUAAAAAUAAUAGGCUUAACAUUUUAACGCGAUAUUCAUAUUUUCCUCUACUCACUUAAAUAUAAUUGAGAAAAGGGAAUUUUAUUCAACAUUCCGGUCUGUAAAAUGAGUAUAGAUAUCAUAUUUUAAUUACUAUUAUGUACAGAGAAUAUAUGAUAUUAAAGCGGGAAAAUUUAUGCCUACUAGGGUUGUGUAUAAGGAUAUUUAUUUUUAUAGUAACGUUUGAUUUAAAACAUUCCUAAGAUACUUAAAUUAGUGUUUAGUAUGUUCUUAUUAUUAGUACCACUUACUAAUAACAACUCAAAAUAUUCAGUUAUUAUUAGUUAGUUAUUAUAUUUCUCCAAUUGAUUUGAAAAGCCAAAUUGUCAAUGCUAUGAUAUCUUGUUUUAGAAACAAGAACUGCCUUGCGAUUC